AUGGAGAUGCAAAGUCUAAUCAGAUAUGGGGAACAAUCAGCUACGCAGCUCGGUCUGCUAAGUGUUCUCAAUCGACAACGCCUGAACACCCUAUCCGAUUCCCAGGCAAAGCUUUCAGCCAAUAGAGAGGACUUGUUGAUCGAGCGGGAAAGAGUGAGAGCAACUGGCCGCAAGGUUCAACAAAAGCGGAUAGAUGCUGGCAAUGCAGAAGCCAAGUUUAUGAGACAGCUGAGUGAGUUUGUCAACAAUUACCCUGGAGAGCUUUCGAGAGCGCUCUUGGCCGCCUACAACGACGUCAGAGAAACACGAGAUGAUCUGGGUGAGAUGGAGGACGACUACCUUCGAGCCGAAAGCGAUCUCACUGGCGCGGAAUGGACAUUCGUCGCCCACGAGACCCAAUUCUACCAGUUCGAUAUCAACAGCAUUUUCUCAGAGCCAGACAGCGAACAGCUCGCUUCUCCACACAGCAGAAGUCUUGAAACCUCACACCAUCUACCACUCUAUCAUAUACCACCUUGCCCUACAGGAUCGUUGUCUCCCAGUCAAGUCUUGAGGCUACCACCGCCACCACCUCCGCAAUUUGCUCGUUCGCCACCACCUUUGGCAUUCGCUACUUCUCCUGUUGCAGCCCAGCCUCCGCUCGUUCAAGUUGAUCGAGAAUAUGCUGCUAUGAUGGCAGGGGUCGAGACUUUGAAGAAGGAAUUUGACAAGGUGCGGCAGACACAUGCCAGUACUAUUACUUGGGAUGAGGGAGAUGAUGUGUUCUUCCCGGAAGGAGAUGGGCUUCCUGAUAGUAAUCUCACAACCUCUGCAAGCGAGUUUGGGGACAUGGUAUACGAACUCUCCACCCGGAGAGCCAAAGCGGAGCAAUACAAAGCUGAAGAGAUAUUUCCGGUGCUGGCUGCGUCACGUUUGGCGAGACGAGUCUCUGAUCCGGCGAAUCCAUACAGAAAUGUACCCGAAGAUUCGACUGCAAUGAGACGAACUCAAACUGAAAGCGCCGCUGCAUCCAUGCGAAACAAUGCCUCUGUAAGAGAGAAGAUUCGAGCAUGGUCCCUGACGCACCUCAAGGAAGAUGCUGUGCAAAAGCGCCUGUAUCUAAACACCCUUGCACACUACGGGAUAGCAAGUCCCACUGAAGGUGAUUGGGCGCUUCGAGCAACACAAUUCUGGAGUCACGAUAGCCUCGUCGAGAGCGAAACUGCGGAAGACUGCAAGACAGCUUCCGUUAACGAGAUGGAGUGUAAUCCCGGGUCACUUCCCGAUCUGAAUGCUACGCCGAAUACAAUUGUCUUUCCGUCAAUGCAACAUCCUCUCGACGAUGUGUCACACUCUAUCGCCCAACCAGCUCCCAGUCCGGAGGUUCAGCAACGGCACAGGACUCAAGAGAGUGGUGACGACGACUCAUCGACAUCGUUCUCGCAGCUGUCACAAUCAUCAGAUUUUGAUGACGACAGUCCGAAGACGCCCUCAGAUAGACUUGGCGUGGUUGAGGAACCUUCCAAAGCCGAGGACCGUGAUCCAGGAGAUGUUAUCCCAGUCGAAGUCGCAUGUUCCUGUCCGGUGGAAUAUGGCGAUGCCGCCCAACGAAAGGACAGUGUUCAGAGUACGAACAUUGAGCAUCACAUCAGCUGCGCUAGGUAUAACCAGGAGGUCAAGACACGAGUCUCCUCGCAAGUGUCAAACAAUAUCGGAACGAAGACGGAUGCUUCAGUAGUUGGCGAUUGUCAUGGCCCGACACAAGAGGAAGAUUUCUUGGUACCUACGCCAUUCAAUGCAAACUCCGAUCCCGCAAGUGGUGCAUGCGUUCAAUCAAGAUCCAAUACUACUGCGCAGCUUACUUCGGCAAAUCCAUGGGUACACACCGUAGCGCUGUCGACACCCAACGACAUGGGCAAUCUCCAAUUUACCGAUGCUUUGAACAGGCCUGAUUCUCGGCCACCCCUUACACAACGGAGAAGUUCUGGCAAUCGGCUUAAGGAGUGGCUUUCCUCGGUCAAGAAACUGCGCAGUAAAAGCACUCCCACGAUCGCGAUGCAUCACUCCGGAGCUCGUACAAGAAAGCAGUCAGUGGCAUGA